GGAUUUUUUUGCAUGCGAAAAAGCCUCGUGAAGAAGAAGAAGAAGUGGUGAAGUGACCUCGCCGGAUUUUGUGAUUAUUUUUGUGAAAUUUAGCCAUUUUAUACGUUUGGAGAGGUACAAUGACUGAAGAAUACCGUCUGUCCCAUCGAUCGAAGAAGCGUGUGAGGGAGACAAAACGCAAGGCACGUCCUGAGCUCAAUGAUAAGGGUGCAUGGAGUCAGUUGGGGUAUGCGGAGAAUUUUGAGCCAUUCCGCCACUUUACGGACAAUGCAGAGCGCAUUGGGGGCAGAGAAGUGGACUGCCAGGAGUUUAUCCGGGAUUUUGAGGCUCCGUACAAGCCUGUGGUGAUCACAGGGCUGCAGGAGGGUUGGAAGGCACUGGAGAAGUGGACGAUGCAGCGUCUGGCCAAGAAGUACAGGAAUCAGCGUUUCAAGUGUGGCGAGGACAAUGAGGGCUACAGUGUCAAGAUGAAGAUGAAGUACUACAUUGACUACAUGCGCUCCACCCGCGACGACAGUCCCCUGUACAUCUUUGACAGUGGCUUUGGGGAACACCAUCGACGCCGGAAGCUCCUGGAGGAUUACACGGUGCCAAAGUACUUCCGGGACGAUUUGUUCAAAUACGCCGGAGACAGGCGUCGACCGCCGUAUCGGUGGUUCGUAAUGGGUCCAGCCAGGUCCGGUACGGGUAUUCACAUCGAUCCGCUGGGGACUAGUGCCUGGAAUGCCCUCGUGGUGGGACACAAGAGAUGGUGCCUCUUUCCUACGCAUACGCCCAAGGAGCUCCUCAAAGUCACCAGCUGCGACGGUGGGAAGCAGCGGGAUGAGGCCAUUACGUGGUUCCGGGUGAUCUAUCCAAAGACUAAGGAUCCCAACUGGCCACAGGACUGCAAGCCGGUGGAGAUCCUGCAGAAGCCCGGAGAGACAGUGUUUGUGCCAGGAGGUUGGUGGCACGUGGUGCUAAAUCUCGAUGAUACGAUCGCUGUGACGCAGAAUUUCUGCAGCAGAACGAAUUUUCCGGUGGUGUGGCACAAGACGGUGCGUGGUAGGCCAAAAUUGUCCCGAAAGUGGUACAAGGUGCUACAAGAGAAGGAGCCUGAAUUGGCCAAAUUGGCAUCCGAGGUGAAUUUACAACAGAGCACUGGAGUGGCUUCGGAUAGUUCUAGCAACUCGAGUUCUUCCUCCAGCUCGGAUUCGAGCGAUGAGGAUGAGAGUGAAUCUAGGUCCUCGGACAGUGGCCAGGAGAGUCUGACGGCUCACAAGAAGAAGAAACGACGACUACAUGCUGAUGAUGGAAAUACAGCAGAGUAGACGCGCGCGAAUUUUCUUGGUUUUUUUUGUAGCAACCUCUUCGAUUGAUGUCUCCUCGGGAACUUUUAUAUAAUCCUACACCGACAAUAUUAUAUCAAUUCCUGUAAAAAUAUUUAAUGAAAGAUACACCCUAAAGUAUUCGCCGAGAUAUUUUGUGGAGGAAGUAAAAAAAGAAAACAAUGCGAGAAAAA